CUUUGUGCGCACUAAGAUGAUGGUUCGGGGUGCAAGUCUUGGAACAGUUAUUUUCCUUCUUAUUAGUUUGACAAGUGCAAGACCACAUAUCGAAGAUGAGCUAGUAGAAAUCAAGGAUGAUCUGGGUUCCGUUUUCACCGAUGAGAUUCCUGCAGAUUACUUCCAACGAACAGAUUUGCAAGACUGCCAUGCCAGGUUCCACAAACGGUCGGUAAAUCAAUACCGGCAGGCCAUGUUCGACGGGGUCAGCGUGAAUGGGACCGUUUUUCCGCAUCUGGCCCUAAUCGGUUACCGAGGACGAGGCAGCGACGAAAUCGAGUGGAAGUGUAGCGGCUCCCUGAUCGCGAAGCGCUUCGUCCUGACGGCAUCCCAGUGCACCAAAGGCGAACGCGCUCCAGAGGUCGUUCGUUUAGGAGACGUCGAUUUGACGUCCGCGGAUGAUGAUCACUUUGAGCAGCAGUACAAGGUUAUCAAUGUUUUCAACCACCCGGAUGUGAAAUCAAUGGCUCACAACUUGGCUCUUCUGGAGUUGAAUCAGGAUGUGAAGUUAACACCCGGUGUAUGCCCGGCAUGUAUCUGGACGAAAUCGGCGUAUCCUUACGACUGGUACGAUCUUGGUGCGAACGCAAAUUCUUCACUAUUGAAGACUCAGUUGGCUCCCGUUGAAUACGCCGAAUGUACUACAAAGUUGAAAAAUCUCUCCAAGAAGGUACACAAAGAUCAGCUUUGUGCCACGGGAACUGCAAGCGAUUCGUGCCAGGGGGAUCUAGGAGGACCCAUCCAGAUUUCGAUGUUUACCUACGAGCAUUUGGCACCCUUCUUGGUUGGAAUCGUAACUUCCAGAGGAUACUGUAACAGCGAAGAUACCGACAUUUACCAAAAAGUAGCCCCCCAUCUAAAAUGGAUAAAAUCUAUUGUCAAAGAAUCGUUGGAUCCCCUAGAGUGUAUCCAAACCUACAGAUCCUAUCUGGAGCCAAUGCAAAUGGAAGGUGAAACGGAAGCUGUGGAUCCUUACUUCAGCCGGGUUUACAUCCACUGGGAUGACAACAGAACUGACAACCUCUGUGGAGGAACGCUCGUUGAUUACAACGUUGUCCUAACUUCGGCACAUUGUACGUACAACAUCCGUGGAGAAGAGCCUACGAAAAUUUCCAUCAUCGAUCACGAGGCGAAAAUUGUGGAAAUCGAGCGGCAUCCAAGUUUCAAGAAAGGAUCCUUCUACAACGAUGUGGCCCUCUUAAGAUUAGACCGAUACGUGAACCACGCCAAAUGGAUAGCUCCUGCCUGCCUACCUUAUCCGAGCGCACUCGAAGGGCACGACAUUGCUCCGGAAACAUUUUCCUGCCGAACGCCAAAAGCACCUUUCGAAAACAAGCUUCAAAUAUACAUUCCCACCAGAAAACGUUGUACCGAGAAUGACAUAUCCACAGACCAAAAGUACAAAGCACGUUUCUCGAAAGGCCUCGGGAAUGCGAUGAGUUGUUUCGGAACGGACUAUCGGCUGGUUCCGGGUCUUGGAGAAAUCGACAAGGGAGGACCUUUGCUGAGCCGGGAUGAAACCAUCAUUUUCGGAGUAAAUGCCUAUGCAACGGAUUGCGGUUCGUUCAAUCCGUUGGUCACAACCAAUGUAGCUCCGCUGAUUCCGUGGAUUGAACAGUUCACGCUCAAGCAAACGGAAAGCAUUCAAACUGUGGAAGUUGAAAUGGAGCCGAAAAUGGAAAUGAAGGUGGAGGUUGAAGUAAAAGAGGAAAUGAUUGAUGAAGAUAUGAUAACUACAACCGGGGUUUCAUCCACAGACGAAACUGUAACGCUUGCCGAAUAAUGGUGGAUUUUUUCCAACUGUUUGCCUAUAAAUAAAA